AUGACGACUUUAGCUCCCGCCGUUCCCGCCGCUGCCACUGUUGCUGCCACCUCUGCCACUCCUGCUGCAGGAUCGAAGCGGCAGCCGCAUGAUCAGCUCCGCGUGCUAGCGGGCGCGCCGGUGGGAAAAAGCAAAUCUGGCGAGGUACCAACGGAGCAGCAACGCAGUUCUCACACCGCUGUGUUGCACUCGCUGGAUGUGGAAGCGAUCGCCGCCGCAGCGUCGUACAGCAUCGAACCUCCUCACUUCCUCCCGCCAACCACUCAGAGCGAUUGCACGAGGGCUUUUGCUCUACCGCGGGCCGUCGCACGGCAGCGCUGCAUCGUCGAGCACGUCGUUGGACGGACUUGCCGUUGA